CCUAGCUGGAACGCGAAGUUAGAUUCAUUACUGUUAUUACAAUUUACCAUCUCCCUCGUUCGCUUUUGAACGUUAUCCUGUUGCGUCUCCGGGACCUCGUGGUUCUCGAAAAGAGGAUAUUCGAGCUCUUGAAAAAUCGAUUCCAACUUAAAUCAAAGACUCGGAUAUCUGUGUUGUUAAAAAUACUUUGAUGAUAAUCCCCUAAAUCAUCAAUUAACGUUUUCGAUGAUUUUCUUUCGAAAUUAAAAGGACGAAAGUAAUGUCAUCGAUGAUUCGAGUCAUGAAAUGAGUGUGAUCGAGGCAAAGACUUUAUUAAGAUUUUUUCGCGGGGAUUAAGAGUUCAGUGGACGUCCAAGUGAUACGCGUAUUUAUCUCUUGGUAACUUUCGUUAGUUCAUUUUGAAUGGCAGCAUCCACUAAGUCGGAUAACCAUGCGGUUAGUGUCGAAAAACGAACAUCGAUAGUUUUCGAGCAUGUUUCCAUGAAUAACUGCACACCCAGCAAUUUCCCGGACAAGUUUCAAGAUUUUUUUGCUGCUGUCACCGAAGAUAGCGACGAUAUACCAACCAUGCUCGAAGACAAACUAAUACCGAGGAAGCAAGAGGGUUCCGGAACCGAUACAAAGGGCAGAAAGUGGAACAAAAGGGCUUUCCAAAGGCGAAGUAGCGAAAUUGAGGUACAAUUUCACCGUAGCUCCUUGUCCAGUGCUCAAGGACAUGGAAUAUUAGAUGGACCAAAAUCGCCAACGCCCACUCGACGAAGAAGUUCUAGUAUAGCCGUUGCCAGACCUACACCCGAUUUACACAGAUUUUUACAGGCGGAAGCAGGUCCUUGGGGACACCUUUCGCCAUCGUUGAGAAGUCAAAGCUUGACCGCAGCAGUAAGUCCUGGAGCAGCUUCUACAUCUUCCCAUCUUAUCGUUAGUCCAGGCACAAGUCCUGGUGGUCCUAGUCCUACCAGUCCUGCAGGCUCAGUUGGACAAGGAACAGGAUCUCGUGUAUCUAUGCCAAGGCAAUAUCGUGGUAGAACAAGUAGUAUGCCAGCAGUACCACGACAUAGGCCAAUGUUGGCAGAAACGAAACGCGGUGGUGGCGGUGCUGGCGGUGGUGGUGUCGAAGACGGAGAAACCGAAGAUUCCAUCGAAUAUUACAGAUUAAGAUCGUUCUCCAUUACAGCGAAUGGGGUUUUCAAUCUCGGCGAUUCGUUGAAGAGCCGUCGUAGUAAGAGUAUCAAUAGUGUUACCUCUUGUGGCACUAGUUGCAGUAGCACGAGAGAAGCUCGAUUACUCAGCUCGGCUUCGCAACUCUCUGGAAUCGAAACAGAGGAGGAAACGAGCAACGAACGCAUUGCUACGUACAAGGUUGGCAUGCUAGGUGCAUCUGGGGUUGGUAAAACCGCUCUGACGGCGCAAUUUACGACCAGUGAUUACAUUUGCGCAUACGAUGCUUCGUUAGACGAAGAGUACGGCCAAAAAAGUGUUUCCGUUAUGCUCGACGGUCAAGAAACCGAAUUGGAAAUCAUUGAUCAUCCGAGCUCGGAAAUGUCGGUCGAGACGUUUUGUUCGACCUACAAUCCAGAUGUCUACGUUGUCGUCUAUUCUGUGGUAGACCAAAGGAGUAUGAAGAUAGCAGAGGAUACUUUGCUUUAUCUAUGGAAUAGUGACUAUAUGACGAGCCACGGUGUCAUCCUGGUUGGGAACAAAGUCGAUCUUGAAAGGAAACGGGAGGUCUCCUCUAUGGCCGGGCGACGCUUGGCAAACAACUGUGGUUGCAAAUUCAUCGAGACGUCGUCGGGAUUGGCUCACCAUGUCGAUGAACUUCUAGUCGGUAUCCUGGCGCAAAUAAAAUUAAAUCCUCAACGUGAUCGAAAUCAAACUACAAGACAAAAAAGAAGUAAACACCGUAGAAGAAUUUUAAAACACUUGCUUGGUUUCAAACGGAAAACCAAGAGCUGCGAGAAUCUUUUUGUUCUUUAAGGAUUUAUUUAUUUUAUCUUAAAUGCCCGCGAAGACAGUAAAUCGAUGUAUAAAUUGCAUGAAAAAAUAAUAUCUAUUCAAUUAAUAAUGUUUUCACAUUUUCAUCGAUCUGCGUGAAUAUUAUGACAAUUUUAAUAACGUCGAUCAAUGUUCCUCGACGUUAGAAAUAUCGAGAAUGAAUUUUAAUUAUUAUUUCAUACCAAUUAUAAUUGAUACAUUAAUAAUAAUAACAAUAAUAUUCACCUGGAUCGAUUAAAAUAGAAUAUAUAUUGCAUAAAAAGUGAGCUAUACGGUUAUUAAUCAUUGCGUAUUGAUUGGUUACAUUCUCGUGAUCAUUUGUUAUAGAUUGGUCACAUUCUCAUGAUUGAUCUAUCAAUCUGGCCGAUCACCAAGUGAUGAUUAAUAGCAAUAUUGCUUCCCUCGUACCUCAUCGAAAACAACAAAUAUACAGGGUGUCGCAGCAAAAAAUGAAAAUGCCUAAAUAUCUCCUUUGUUUACAAUUGUAUAAAAGAAACUAUUGCAGGGGGUGGGAAUAUAAUAUAAUGGUUGAUAGAAUUUUUUCUUAGAGUCAUUUAUUUAUGAGAUUUUAAGGUAAUCGAUGUUUCUUUAAACGGGACCCUAUUUUUUUUUAUUUACUGGCCGAGACACCUCGUAUACAUAAAUAAUUAUUUAUUAUAUAUGUAUAUAUUUUCAUGCGAAUUGAUGAAGUGUAUAAUUUCUCAAGCGCAUUUUAGAUUUAUUUUUAAUACGACUACCGAUAACGAUGCGACGAUGUCGAUUGCCGUAGCAACGAGAAGGAAAGAUGAUAGUUCGUUACGUAAUAACUCAUCGAAUUAUUUCCGAUCGUAAGUUUUAUUCGGUGUGUCGAUACUUCGACGAUAUCGUAAAAUAUAACCAACUACAAAAAAAAGAAAAAAAAAAAAGAAAAAAAAAAAGAAAUAAAAUUGAUCCUAAAUCUUAUUGAUUAUCGCAUAUUAAAAAUCGAAAAAUAGAAAAUUACUUUGAAUAUUACAAAAAUCUUGUCCAAAACUUACGUGACAUCAGAGGAAGCGGUCCAAAAAUAAUAACGAAUAAAAAAUGACACAGAAAAUAUAUUAUAUGUUAACGGAUAGAUUGUACAAAAAAGUGAAUUGUGCCAAAGGCAUAGCAAACAAAAAAUGAAAAGAAUAGUUUCUAAUCUAUCUCUUUCUAUGUUAUCGAAUCUGUCUUUUCUCUCUCUCUCUCUCUCUCUCUCUCUUUUUCUCUCCCUCCCUCCCUCCCUCUCCCUCUUUCUCUUUCAAUGAGUAAAACGAAAUUAACAGACCAAAGUACGUAUUCAUAACGACAAUGCAAUUUGACUUUCAUCAAACAAAAAAUGACCAAAAAAAUAUAUAAUAAAACCGAAAGAAAAGUCUUAAUGCUAAAAAAAAAAUGUCUCAUUGCCAAAGUCAUUAUUACUUUGAAGUAUCUAUUAAGCGCGCGCAUUUGUAUGCGUGUGACGACACGCGCACGCGUAAAAGAAUGGCUCGAUAACUCGCUUUUCUCACUUUCCAUCAAAGGGAACCCGCGAUCUCGUUAAAAAAAUGUUACUUUCAAAUGGUCCAAACACACUUGCAACAACUCUUACCUUAGAAAGUUCUAUGUUAUUCAUAAAUCAUACGUAUCAAGUUCACAUGACCAAUCGAAUCAUGAUCAAUUGUACUACGCAAAUUAAUAUUGAUGCGUACUUCUCAUUGAUAUAACAUAAUUCUACGAAAUAAAACUAAUUAUUAUUAAUA